GCUGAGCAAACACAAAUGCCGAUAAUCUUCCCUCUUCCAAUUCAUUGUACCUUUGGGUCAAAGAAAAUGGUGUCAGCGACCAUUGAUCUGUUGAAGAAGGAGCUUCCUGUUGAACAAUCGUCUUUGGUUGUUUCUCAAGAUUUUAAGACUGGUCUUGUUCUUGUUGAUCUUGUCAAUGGCUUCUGCACCGUUGGUGCCGGAAAUCUGGCUCCAGUGGAACCUGAUAAGCAAAUAUCUUGUAUGGUCCAAGAAUCCGUGAGACUAGCCAGGCUAUUCUGUGAGAAAAAAUGGCCUGUUUUUGCUUUCCUUGAUACCCAUCAUCCUGAUAUUCCCGAGCCUCCAUAUCCUCCUCAUUGCAUCGCUGGAACUGAUGAAGCUAGAUUGGUUCCUGAUCUCCAAUGGCUUGAAAACGAGGCUAAUGCAACGCUUAGAUGCAAAGAUUGCAUUGAUGGUUUCCUUGGUUCGGUUGAGAAAGAUGGUUCCAAUUUGUUUGUAGAUUGGGUUAAUAAGAAUCAGAUUAAAGCUAUACUGGUUGUCGGCAUAUGUACAGACAUAUGUGUACUGGAUUUUGUAUGUUCAGCUCUGUCUGCUCGAAAUCGCCGGAUGCUUACCCCACUCGAGGAUGUGAUCGUCUACUCCGGUGCGUGUGCAACUUUCGAUCUUCCAGUUCAUGUCGCCAAAGAUAUCGAUGGUGCUGUGGCUCAUCCACAGGAUCUUAUGCAUCACAUAGGUCUAUACAUUGCUAAGGGAAGGGGAGCCAGAAUUGUAUCAGAGGUCUCAUUUGCUGUUGAAAUAGAGACCUGUUCAUAAGACAUCUAAGACUGCUGCAAAAGCUUACUGUGCGUGAAUUGAAGCUCUCUGCAAUUAUACUAGGCAAAUAACAGCAAUUUUAUUAAAAAUAGCUUUUCUUUCUAGGUUAAAUAUCUCCACUGAAACAAGAAAGUUCAUAUUGAAAGUAAUACAGUUUUUCAGUCAAACAGUUGUGUGGUAUAAGUCCAGGUAUCUAUGCUGUUUCGGCUUUUCGUAUUUCUUGAAAUUCCUUUGUUUGGCUCGUGUUCAAUGCAUAUUCAGAUAUGGAUAUGAAGAUAUAAUC